AUGAGUGACCCGUUCUACCUAGCUGACAUCUUGUUGGGGCGUGUGGGCGUGUUGCGAUACACGGCCGAAAGCAUCAUUUUGGAGCUAAGCGAGGCGAAAACUAAGCUAGAGCACGGACAAACCUCUGAUGACGCCUUGCGCUUAGCAAUCAAAAACAAGCUCGAGCGUGUGCAAACUAACUUAAAGCUGCUACGCAAGCUCGUGCCCGAAUUUGAUGGCAAGACAAAACCCAUUGAGACCGUAAGCCAGACACACCGCAAUCUCAUGCUUGAAUACAAUUGGAAGAACCAGGUUCAAGAUAUGGCUCUUAAGGCACAGAUUGUCUAUCUUGGACAGCUGAGUAGUGCAUUUCCUCGUCUUGAAAUGUUAGGUGACGUGCGCUGUCCAUCUAUGCCAAAUAGUCUCUUCGUGCCCAAGUCUCACAAGCGUGGUCGGGUGUUCGAUCCAUACGGAGAAAAGCAGCCGGCAACACUCAAUGAAAUGAUGGACUAUGUUAUGGCCAAAAACCGGAAGCUGAAAUUUUUUAAGCAAUCUGAGACCACGCGCGGAGGUCGUCGAGUCAUCAAGUCUAUUAAGUGUGAAAUUAAUGAGGAGCUGACAGUGCAUCUCAGCUUUUGUCCUCCUGUUCCUGAAAGUGGACCGAAUGGCGAGACGGGCGUGGCUGCUAGUCCCAUGACGCCAUCUACACCAACAUCCCCGGCCUUUGCUAUUGGUCGUUUGCGUAGUACUCGCAGUAAGCAUAAGAAGCAUCAGCAACAACUCGUUAAGAAGAAAAAAGAGGAUAUGCUUACAAAAGCCAAAUUGGCCGCUGAAGAGGCUACUAAAAUGGAAAUGGAGGAGCUUAAGCAGCGCAUUACAGAUGCACGGGAGUCAAUGAAGGAACAAGAACAAGCUCGAACCGCUGGCCUGCAGGUUACAAAAUACAUACAGCGACUAUCGAUCUUCUCGUACAAGGAAAAUGCUCCACUUGGCGCUUGGUCAGAAUCUUCUCACAACUUUUCCCGACUUGUCACGCUUCACGGACGUAAGGCACUAGACCAUUUCCGUAGACAGUAUCCCGAGACGUGUUUUUACCAUCUCUUUACUUGGCUUGCCUACUAUGACAAGAUCUAUCAGACACCUUGUUCUUUCUGCAAGAAAUUGCUGGUCAGAGAGACUGAAAAUUGGGCAUACGUGCCUCCUUCUUUCCGCGACUACGCUAACGGACAAGCCUUUCACUCCAAGUGUCUCCCCAUUGAGUGA